CAACAGUAUGCGUCGAGCAGUCACGGAGGAAGGAAACAAGGAAAGAAUAAGUGAAAGAGAGGAACAAAUCUCUUCCUUCACACGACUGGAAGAAAAAAUGAGAUAAAGAAACAAACAUUCGACACCUGCUUCACGCGAGACAAAAAAAAAAAAAAAAAAAAAAAAAAAAAAGAAGUGAAAACUGAAGAAAGCAAAAGUAAACACUUCCUUUACGCAAAAGACAAAAAAGAAAAGAAGAAAAAAACAGCCAGUGAAAAAGUAAAGAAAGCAACACUGAAAAGACAGCACGAAAGUAGAAAAAACAGGAAUAACCAGUAAAAGAUUGAAAAAAAAGAAAAAAAAGUUAAGAAAAGCAACAAAUACACUUUCUUCACGCAAAAUACACAAAUAAAGCAAGAAAAAAGAAACAGUAAAAAUAACAAAAUAAGAAAAGAAACUAAAAAAAAAGAAAAAAUUUCCCAUCACGCAACAAGAGCAGGAGGGAGAGAGUAAGAGAGAGAGAGAGAGAGAGGGACUUUGAGCCUUUCACCCUCUCACUCCUCGCCCUUCACCCUUCACCCUAGGCAGGCAGGCAGGACGCGGGCAAGUUAUCUCUUCCGCCGCCCGUACAAGCCCCUCUCCGCACUCGCCGCCCUCGCCCCGCCCAACAGACCAUGACGCCCCUGCAGCAGGCCACGACGCAGGCCACUCUGGCGCUGCUGGCACUCUUGUUAUGCCUCGCAGCUGCACAGACGCCGCCAGAGGGCGAGGCCACUCAGGCGCCGUCCCCCGCAGUGUCCGUGGGGCCGUACUUCCUCUCCCCGGGCAGCAGGAACAUCACUGCCUCGGUGGGACAGACUGCCUACCUGCCCUGCCGCGUGGCUCAGCUGGACGACCAGGUGCAACAAGUUUCCUGGAUUCGUAAGCGAGACCUUCACGUGAUGAGCUCCGGUGUGGUGGUGUUCGCGUCAGACCAGCGCUUCCAGGUGGUGCACCCCGACAAGUCAGAGAACUGGACGCUGCAGAUCAGGUUCGCGCAGGUGCGGGACUCGGGAGUGUAUGAGUGCCAGGUGAACACGGAGCCCAAGAUGUCCCUCGCCUACCACCUCGUCGUCGUGGAGUCGCGGGCCAGUCUGCUGGGGCCGGAGUACGUGCGUGCCGGCAGCACCCUCAACCUCACCUGUAUCGUCACGCCGCCCGCCGCGCCAGGCCUGGUGUACUGGUACCAACAACGGCGUCAUGCUGGAUUACGAAGGCCCGGUGGCCAUCCUGACGCAGGAAGGCCCCGAGGGGACCCGCUCCUCCCUCACCAUUGCCCGGGCCGCCCCCGACCACUCCGGCAACUACACCUGCUGACCCACGGCGGCGGGCCCCGCCUCGCUCUCCCUCACCGUCCUGCAAGGAGAGCAUCCUGCGGCCAUGCAGACGGGCGGGGCGCGCGGGCGAGGUCCCACAGUGUGGCCCACGCUGCUGCCGCCGCUGGUGCUGGCGGUAGGUGCGGCACAGCGCAGAUGAUGGGCUCAAGAGGACACCCACCAAUGACCCCCACGGUGCCCACACUCAAAAGCCAGCCCACCGCGCGGCGCUGCUCGUCGCGCCGCCCAGGCCGCGCGGGAGGCGCCCCCUGUGUGUUGUUCCAGCAGUGUACCGCGCCGGCACACUGCGCACUCUAUGUUUCUACACGGCAGCAGUGCAUGACUUUGAUACUAGUUGUUAAGGUAGUUAUGUUGAAUCACUGUUCAAUGUCUUCUCAGCAUAAUAUCAGUGUAACGUAACUGAGUGUACGGGGAGCGUGAGCCACAGACCGAAUUAGACGACAGUACAAAGCCUCCCGCGGUUCCCUUCCUGACCUGGCGAAGAGGAGAGGAGAGGAGGAGGAGGAGGAGGAGG